AUGGAGCGAGUGCAUUGCAUGGUUUAUGUCGUGGUCUUAAGUGCCAUUGCAGCUACAGUGACAGCAUACCCUUACUCAUCCCAUCAAACACCACAAUACAAUUCUCCAGUCCACAAACACGAAUCAUCUUAUUCACCUAAAAAGUAUUCCCCAUACUACUCGGCAUCACCACUACCUCCACUACAAUAUAGAAGACAAGGCCCUAAGUACACGCCACAUCCAAAACCGUAUCUUUUCAACUCUCCACCACCACCUUAUUACUCUCCUUCUCCAAAGGAAGACUACAAGUCUCCACCACCACCAUAUGUCUACAACUCUCCACCACCACCGUAUUACUCCCCUUCUCCUAAAGUAGACUACAAAUCUCCUCCACCACCAUACGUCUACAACUCUCCACCACCACCUUAUUACUCUCCUUCUCCAAAGGUAGAAUACAAGUCUCCACCACCACCAUAUGUCUACAACUCUCCACCACCACCUUAUUACUCUCUUUCUCCUAAAGUAGACUACAAGUCUCCACCACCACCAUACGUCUACAACUCUCCACCACCACCUUAUUACUCUCCUUCUCCAAAGGUAGACUACAAGUUUUCACCACCACCAUACGUCUACAACUCUCCAUCACCACCAUAUUACUCUCCUUCUCCUAAAGUAGACUACAAGUCUCCACCACCACCAUACGUCUACAACUCUCCACCACCACCUUAUUUCUCUCCUUCUCCAAAGGUAGACUAUAAAUCUCCUCCACCACCAUAUGUCUACAGCUCCCCACCACCUCCACCAUACUAUUCUCCUUCUCCAGAAGUCAGCUACAAGUCUCCACCACCUCCACCAUACUAUUCUCCUUCUCUAGAAGUCAGCUACAAGUCUCCACCACCACUUUUCGUCUACAACUUUCCACCACCUCCACCAUUCUAUUCUCCUUCUCCAAAAGUCAGCUACAAGUCUCCACCAGCACCUUAUGUCUCAAAGACACCCAACUAUUGAGUUUGAAUUGUUUCAUAAUCCAUAAGAAUGAUUGAAAUAAUUUGUUUUUAUGAUUCUGUCCAUUUAUUCUUGUAAUAUUGUCCCUUGAUUCUUUUGAUUUUGUUCCUUGUUCAACUAUUUGUUAAGCUUUUUAUGUAACCAAUAAAUUUUGGUUAUUUCUGACAUGCAAUUGUUUAUUUAAUAUUUGUUUGAAUUGGCUAAAAAUUUGUAAUAUGUUCGUUCUGCUAUCAGAUGAUAAUUUUUCUCUUUUAGGAUAU